ACAUGACAAGAUGUACCAAUCCGAUCAUAUCCGCGAGUUCCCACUGCUGUACAGAAACUUCACACCAGCGCAGAAACCUGCAGUGAUUCCGGUAAUACUGCAAAGCAAAGAAGUCCAACCCGUCAGCAAGUGGAGCAAAAUCCGUUCCGGGCUGCAGGAUCUGUUCAUGGAGUUUUGCCGUCACAGCACGAUCCACGGCAUCAGCCACAUUGGAUCGCGUCAACGCUCGCUCUUUGAGAAGUUCUGGUGGGCGUUCGUGUUCUUGCUGUCGAUGUACGGCUGUGCGAAGCUGAUCGACGACAUGUACCGGAAGUGGGAUGAAAAUCCGGUUUUAGUGGCGUUUGACGAGAAGGCCACGCCCGUCUGGAACAUUCCGUUUCCGGCGAUAACGAUCUGUCCGGAGACGAAGAUUCAGAAGAAUCAUGUGAAUUUUACGGAUCUGUUUAUGAGGUAUGCCCAUGGAGAUCGUCAAGGACUUGACCGGACAGAGUUGAACAUUCUUCUGGCGUCGCUACAGCUUUGCAACGAGUGGUUUUUCGUGAGACCAGAGUACGAUCGUAUCUAUGAGUACUCUAAUCUUAGCGAAAGUAUCGUCAAAACUCUACAGCGAAUAUCACUAAGAUUAGACGAUAUCAUUUACCACUGUCGAUUGCACAAUGUUCCGUGCAAACCACUAUUUUCCGAAACAAUUACCGAGGAAGGGAUCUGUAUGACCUUCAACGGGUUAAGCUCUGAAGAAAUGUUCCACAAAGAUCAUCUGCACUCGGACUACGAAUAUCUAUCGGAAACUAAAGUCAGCGAAAAUUGGACGCUUGAGCGAGGAUACUCAAGUGCAGCAAAUCUUAGCUCAUAUCCGUACAGAGUGCUGGGAUCGGGAUAUCAAGCUGGAAUUAAAGUUCAUCUGAUGACCACAAAAAACGAUCUGGAGUAUCAUUGUCGCGAGAGUCAAGGGUUUAAAGUUUUGUUGCACGCUCCCAGCGAUUACCCGCAGGUGGCCUCCAAGUUCAUCCGAGUUACACUCAACCGAGACAUUGCAGUGGCCGUCAAGCCUCAGAUCAUCAGCACGGAAGCUGCUCUCUAUGACUAUGAACCCGUCCGUCGCCAGUGCUACUUCAACCGGGAACGUCAGCUCAAGUUCUUUCGGGUGUAUUCCCAACCAAACUGUCAACUGGAAUGCCUCACAAACUUUACCCUUCUGCUUUGUGGGUGCGUACCGUACUGGAUGCCCAGGUCGAGCCAAACUCGUUUCUGUGAAACGUACGAAAUUCGCUGUGCUUUGGGAGCUCAACAAAAGCUGAUGUUACUGAACGCCCGAAACCAAAUCCAACAUCAGUCGGACAAACGGAUUAAAUGCGACUGUCUACCUGCGUGUAACUCAAUUCAGUACGAUGCAGAAAUUACUCAAACCAUGUUCAACUUUAAGGAGACGAUUAAGCUACGCCUUGGACCGAUCAACAUCACCUACCAGGACAUCGUUGAUAACAAACUGCUCUCCAAAUUGGAGGUCUACUUCAAGGACGUACAGUUCAUCACAUCGAAGCGCACGGAGAUGUACGGCUUGACGGACUUUGUCGCCAGCUGUGGCGGAAUUCUCGGGCUGUGCAUGGGCGUCAGCUUGCUGAGCCUGGUGGAGUUGCUGUACUUUAGCACGAUCCGGCCGUUUAUGCUCGUCAAGAGGACCGUGCAGCGCCAGCAGAAGGUCGUGCAAGUUGUCGGCCAGGGUAAGAAGUUUUGCUAUGGUUAGAACUUUGAAU